AUGAAGCUGCUUUUAGCAGGAAUUGUUCUAAUUUUCAUGGCUGGAUCUGAAGCUGAUUGAUAUAAUUUUCCUGUUCAAGCUGCUCAAGGAGCUGGUGACAUGUGGAGAGCCUAUCGGGACCAAGAAACCAAAUGGAUUAACAGUGAUCAAUAUUUCCAUGCCAGAGGAAACUGUGACGCUGCGCAGAGAGGACCAGGAGGCUGCAGAGUGAUAUUGUGGAUUUUCCUUUUCAGUGAUCUCAGAGAGACGAUGAAUGGACCGGAGGGUCAGGGUCCUGAAGACGAAGCUGCCGAUCAGGCGGCCAAUCGCUGGGGACGAAGCGGAGGAGAUCCAAACCGCUACAGGCCGAACGGACUUCCAGAGAAAUACUGACAAAUUUAAAAACUGCUGUUAAAACAUUACAGUGUUGAAGUCUGGGUGACCUCAGUUACAAUGUGUGGCAAAUUAAAAAUUCUUUUUCUCUCUUCCUUUUUCAGCUUAAAAGGAUCCAUGUCGGCCUAAAUGUGUUGCAAUUUUCCUUUUGCCUAAAUAAUUGCUGUUUGUGAUACCCCCAAAACUCAUAAUUACUUCAAAAAUUUUAAUCUUUUGUUAUAAUUGUCACCCUGGAGGUCGCCAUUUUUAAAAAACUAAAUAAUCUACAGUAUUAUUACUGUACUGUUUUUACACCUAAGAUAAAUAUUUCCCAAAUAAGGUCUAUUUUUAUAACUACUCGUGGUUCCCUAUAAAACGAGAUCCUAAUGUAUUCAAGGCAGUUUGAUAUUUUACUCUUGCUUUAAAUAAACUAUUACUUCACAACGGACAAAGAUUUGUGAUACACUCUCUAGCGCCCUCUACCUGUCACACAGUUAUUUCACUCCUGCUGUCAUGUUAGAUCUUUGUUUUUGUGUCGUUUUCUGCUCAGAGAACUGAUUUGU